CAGUUGACGUCUGACGACUUCAACCGGUUUGAGUUCUGACAAGCGAAAAGUAUAGAAAUUGUAUAUUUCUAAUCUGAAUUUUUAAUUUUGAAAACAAAACAAAGAAGUAAAAUAUCAAAUAUAAAUAGUGCAUAUUUUAUGAAAUAUAACUGGAAAAUGCAUUCAUGCAUAGUAAAAUAACGUAUACGAAAUAUAUAUAUUAUAUUAGUUUACAAUUUAAAUGUCUCUAGUAAAUUUUAAGCACGAUAGACUAAUCAGUUUGUUAGUCUUAAGAAAAAUGACGUCCCUAAGCGGUAUUAUCGCAAAAACAAUCCAAACAAAGCUUCAGUCAGCUUUAGAGACCAAAUAUCUUGAGGUGAUAAAUGAGUCAUUCAUGCACAAUGUUCCAAAGGAUGCUGAAACACAUUUCAAAGUUGUUGUAGUAUCGGAAAAGUUUGAUGGACUACCAAUUAUCAAGAGGCACCGGCUUGUCAAUGAUAUACUCAAAGAAGAAUUACAAAGUGGUGUGCAUGCUCUCUCUAUUAUAGCAAAAACACCAGAACAGUGGGACAAGAGUGAUAAAGUUGUAGAGAGCAGUCCGAAUUGUAGAGGUGGAUUUGGAAGAUGAUUAUGAAGUUACGUAAUUGUAAAUUAGUUAAUAAAUAACUUUAGACA